AUGGACAUCGAAUUCUUCCACGUCGACGCAUUUACCACCAAGCCAUUUGGAGGAAAUGCAGCUGCCGUCGUGAUUCUGCAGUCAGAGAGCCAAUUCGACAAAGACGAACUGUUACACACGAUUGCAAAAGAGUUUAACCUCCCAGCCACCACAUUUCUAUUCUCCUCCUCGUCCAAUGCCUACAAGAUUAAAUGGUUCACGCCUCUUAGACGCAUACCACUCUGUGGUCAUGGUACACUCGCAGCAUCCCACAUCCUCUUCAACAAACACCCGGCUCUAGAUCUCAUCCAGUACGACUCUGGCCCCGCUGGUAAUCUCACCGCUGCACGCGCAAAGGAGGACAGUAUCCAGCUCGAGUUUCCCGCAUGCAAUCUCGUACAAAUGCAAGAUGUAGGCCAGCAGUUGACCAAGGAGCUCGAGAAUGACCUCGAGCGUCUUCUAGCAUCGGCAUUCUCCCAGCCCGCACAGUUUACAUUCAUAGGACGCGGAGAUUCCGGCUCAUACGUGGAUAUGAUGGUCGCAGAACUCCCGGAGAAUUAUCCCCUCAAGGCCGUCACAAUCGACCACUCCAAAUUGGUUUCUCUCUUCCCUACAAUUCGUGGCAUCACAUUCACCACACGCUCAAGCGCAGACAAUACCUGUCACAUCCAUUCCCGGUGCUUCUAUACACUGCUCGAACUCGGCGAAGACCAGGUGACGGGUUCUGCGCACUGCAUGAUUGCACCUUAUUGGUUCCGCAAACUGGGCCUCGCAAACGACGCCGAGCUCGUCGCGGCCCAAGUCAGCCAACGCGGCGGCAUCAUGGCCCUCGAAUGGAAACAAGACGAAAUGCGCUGUCUGAUCCGUAGUUCAGCUGUUACCAUUGCAAAAGGUACUAUGCGCAUAGAAUAA